GUGUGGAGGGCUAACCAUAUAAGAUAAAAGGCGUGCAUGCAUAUCUUCCUCACACUUACUCUCUCUUGGACAGUCUCCACUUCUCCAUGACAAUGGAAAGAUCCAUUACAGCUUUCUCGUUUGCGUUGCUUGCUUCUUUAGCUCCAGCACUAGUCCUUGUGGUUCGAGCCCAACAAAUUCCAGGUUUCAUCAGCAUCGAUUGCGGGGCAACUGUUGCAUACACGGAGGAGGGAACUGGCAUAACAUACGAACCAGACGAAGGGUCGAUAGACUCUGGAGAGAUCAGGCAGACAUCUAUGGCCCCCGCAUAUCCAAAUAAUCUACAAUUGUCGAAGAGUGUAAGGAUUUUUCCCAAUGGAAAGAGGAACUGCUACACUUUAAGACCAGACCAAGGCCAGAACAACACCUAUCUGAUUAGGGCAACAUUUUGGUACGGGAACUAUGAUGGGAAGAAUCAAACUCCUUCAUUCGACAUCUACAUCGACGUUAAUUAUUGGUUCACGGUGCGGUCUCCGACGUAUUUCUAUGAAGAAAUCAUGUAUGUGUCCCAAGCAGAUGAUAUACAAGUGUGUCUUGUGAACACCGGCAACGGAGUGCCCUUCAUUUCGGCGUUGGAGCUGAGAACCCUGGACGAUGGCAUCUAUCAAUCGGGAUCUGGAUUCUUGCAACUCCAUUGGCGGGACGACAUCGGACGAUGUUUGGAGAAUGAUGUCAGGCACCCUUCUGAUGUUUACGACCGGAUCUGGACAGCUAAUUGCUAUGACUUGCCCAUACUGAACACCACAUCUGCCAUUGAUUCAUCUGACAAUAAUGAUGCGUACAAGUAUAAGGUUCCCGGGGAAGUUCUUCAAACCGCUGAAAGAACGACCAGUGCCAGUUCUCCCUUGACAUUACAGUGGACAUCUUCAAGCCCCGUAAAGAUAUGGAUUGUGUACUUCCAUUUCGUCGAGAUUGAGACCCUGACGAGCAGCCUCCAGAGAGAGCUCACAAUCUCCAUGAAUGAUGAUCAAUUCACGGAGACGGUGAGCCUUGAAUACUUAAAGCCGGUGGUAGUAGUUUCCACUCCGGUUAACGGGCCGAGCCUCUCCUUCUCGAUCUCCGCGACAAAUAUGUGUGGAAGUCCACCAAUCCUAAAUGCCGUGGAGUUCUAUACCAUUGGUGAUCUUCCAAAUGUACCCACAGCACAAGAUGAUGUGAAAGCGAUCAAUGACAUCAAAACAACGUAUCGCAUUAAGAGGGAAAGCUGGCAAGGUGAUCCAUGCGUACCAAGCAAUUACACAUGGGAUGGUCUAAAUUGUAGCUAUGGAAAUCCUCCAAGGAUUAUAUCGCUGAAAUUGAGCUCAAGCAAUUUGGUGGGUGACAUAGUCUCAUCACUUUCACAUCUAUCAAGCUUGGAGUACAUAGAUUUGUCCAACAAUCAGCUUACAGGAGCAAUACCGGAAACUCUGGCAGAAUUACCAAAUCUUAGAUUUCUAAUUUUAUGUGGAAACAACCUGAUUAAAUCAGUUCCUGAAGCUCUUAAGAAAAGGGUUGUGGACAAUACUUUAAACAUGAGUUUGACAGGAAAUGCAAAUCUGUGCCUAGCUGAUCCUUACCUGGAGAAGAAGAAACUAAAAACCAUCCUCGUUCCAGUUGUUACAUCAGUUUCAGGCUUCUUUGUGGUUCUCUUUGGUGCUUUGGCUAUUAUUUGGUUAAUUAAAUGGAAACGAAUAUCAGAAUCUAGUGACAGGACGCUGAGAUCAAAUAAUCGACCUUUUACAUAUGCAGAGGUUUCAAGAAUCACUGGGAAAUUUGGACAAGUGAUUGGUGAAGGUGGAUUUGGGAAGGUAUAUCUUGGUACACUAGAUAAUGACACCGUAGUUGCGGUGAAGAUGCUCUCUGAAUCAUCAAAGCAAGGGUACAAGGAAUUUCAAGCUGAGGCGCAACUCUUAAUGAUCGUUCACCACAGAAACUUGGUUUCUCUGUUUGGAUAUUGCAAUGAGUCCAAGCACACGGCAUUGAUUUAUGAAUACAUGGCUAAUGGAAAUUUAAAGCAACAUUUAUCAGGUAAAGUUAGAACCCAUCCAACAGAGGACCAUCCGAAGGUCUUGACAUGGAGUAGCAGACUACAAAUAGCUGUGGAUGCAGCACAGGGUUUGGAUUAUUUGCAUAAUGGUUGCAAGCCACCCAUCAUCCACAGAGACCUGAAGACUACUAACAUCUUGUUGAACGACGAUUUCCGAGCCAAAAUAGCUGAUUUUGGCCUGUCAAGAGCUUUUGCAACUGAAAAGGACUCUCAUGUGUCAACUUGUCCAGCAGGCACUCCUGGCUACAUCGAUCCUGAGAUGCAAUCUUCUAGAAAAUUUACCAAGAAGUAUGAUGUUUAUAGCUUUGGAAUCAUACUCUUUGAGCUGAUUACGGGCCGACCUGCCUUAAUGAGAAGUCGGGAUGGCAGCGACAGCACACACAUACUUGAAUGGUUGAUUCCGAUCAUUGAAAAUGGUGAUAUACAGAGGAUUAUUGAUCCAAGGUUAGAAGGAGAAUUCGACAUCAACUCGGCUUGGAAAGUAGCGGAGAUUGCCAUGUCUUGUACACGACCAACAGCAAGUCAAAGGCCGGAUAUACAUCAUGUAUCGGCAGAGUUGGAGUCUUUGGUGAGCAAAUCAAGCGAUUCUUUUGAAAUGACCUCCUUGGUGCUCCAAUCUGACAAUGCCCCUAUCGUGAGGUAGCAGAACUUUUUCCAAUCCAGAAAGGCUCUCUUCUUUUUAGGUUAGAGAUUUACUUUUAUCCUCAAAUUUGUACUUUAAUUGCAUCAUCAAAUUCCCUUUUCUUUCUGUCAUUGAAUCUUCCAAACUGGCUGUCUAGUAAUGACAUCCUUUCGUCCUUCGUCGC